CGUCGACGUGAACCGACCUUCACCCACAACGCCCUGUCGACACCCACCGGCAAGAUGGACGUCUGGGAACAGUCGCAGACCGUCGACCCGGAGGUCAGGGCGUACAUCUACUCUCUCGUCAAUGCCGUUGGCGGGCAGAGCACUCUCGAAGACCGCUACUCCAUCGGUGAUGAUGCUCUGGCGGUGCUCAACGAUCUCCGCCGCUGGCUCCAAUUGUACGAUGAGAAAACAAAUCGCUUCGACGUCAAGCGCUGCCUCGCCGAAGCGAAUCUGGUCAAGGGCGAUCUACUGGAGAUCCUGGCGCUGUGGUCCGAGGAGCAGCAAGAAAACAAGCUCAAGGCAAAGCUGGCAUUCGCUUGCCUGCAAUUACUCGUCCCCUUGACUUGGCCGAUCGAAUUGAACGAGGAGAAGACCACCCGGAACCACCUGCGGCACGCCCCGUACCUUCGUCUCGCGCAGGUCGGCUACAAGAGAGCCAUUCUGCAAUAUGAGGACGCCAAGAUUCUACGCACCGCCAUUCGCAUCGGCCUCCCUUCGAUGGCGCAGGAGAGACGUGAGAGGACUGCAAGAGACGAAGGAACCAUCCGCUUCAUACUAUACUUCUUGAGAAACAUAGCGAUCAUCACCCAACCCCAGGAGUUACCGAGCCAAGGCGACGAGAAUGAGAUCAGUCGAUCUUCCACCAUCGAUGCCUUUCAUGAGCAGGAUGCGUUCAGCCUAUUGCUCACCGUGGCUUCGGGAGCGGCGGACGAUUUUGUCGAGCAAGAUGUCGUCGUGCUCCAGACUCUUUUCAACCUGCUCAAAGGCGUAGAUCCGAAGAAGCUAUUCCUCGAGGAAUCGCAGCUUGCGAAGCAGGAGACGUCGGAACUGCAAAAUCUCAUACAGAAGGAAAAGGCCAUGCUCAGUAGUUACAAGAAACACGCCCCGACCCGCCACAACAGAUUUGGAACGAUGCUUUGGGUCAAGCGAGGCGACGACAAAGUCUCCACGGUUUCUGGCCAGGACACCAUCACGAACGACUCCACGACACUCAUUCACAUGGAUAAAAGCAAGAAAUGGGAUCGGCCGAGGCAGCGCGGCCGACGAGUCGAUGACGAUCUGAAAGAGCACGAGGGGAUCGGAAGGACGGUGGACUUGACGGAUAGGGCGAGACGCCAUUUGCGAACAUUCGUGGAAGAUUUCCUGGACUCUGGAUUCAACCCUAUGUUCGUUAGCCUUCGCAAGGCCAUUGAGCGAGAAGCCGAGCGUGUUGGGGAAACCAUCAAGAGGCAGUACUUCUAUCUCAUUUCUUGGUUCCUCGCUGCCGAAGGCGCACGCAGAGAUUGCUCAAAGGCUCGACGCACAUCUGCGCAAGGCAUGGCCGGUGACAACACCUAUGCCUACAUCGCCGCGGUGCUUGAUCAAGAGACGUUUGUACUGAUCAAUCGAAACAUGCAAACCGCCCUGGACGAGAAAGCCUGGAGAGAUCUACAAUCCAUUCUUCGUUGCUUCACACAGAUAUUACUGACCGUCCAAUCCAUGGCGGACAGCGAGGAUGAAGAAGAUCAGGAAAUCGCCGAGAACAUCCAAAAUCGCAUCUUCUACGAGGAAAGCACGCAGGACCGUUUGGUCUCUAUACUACGGGGUUACAAAAGUCAGGGUCUUGCUUACCUUGACGCCGUCACCGACUGCGUACACGUCUUCGUGCGCAUGCUGGAGAAAUAUUCGAAGCAGAACGUCGACCUGCAAAUCCGCUCCAAACGCCGAGCGAGACGAAAGAAGAAGAAGGCUCAGCAGGAGCAACAGCCCCAGACCGGUGGGGAAGGCGAAGAAAAUGAUAACGACAACGAGGACAACGAAGACGAAGUCGACGAAGAGGCCGAUGCCAUGUAUACACUGACGGAGCGCAAGUUUGACUUUACCCGGUUCAGCGGAAAGUUUCUCUCUCAGCCUUGCAUCGACACCUUCAUCUCGUUCUUGCACUUUUAUGCCGACCUGAGCGCGGACCAACUCAAGCGUUGUCAUCGAUAUUUCUAUCGCCUGGCAUUCAAGAACGAGAUGGCCGUCUUGCUCUUCCGAGUCGAUGUACUUGCACUGCUGCACAAGAUGAUCAAAGGCCCUGGAGCGUUGAGUGCGGAAGCCGAGGGCUACAAAGAGUGGGAGACGUUGGUGCAACAGGUAUUCAGAAGGUGUAUCAAGUGGGUCGAAAGGAAGCAAGAUGGCGGUGAUGGAUCGUGGAGAGAGAUUGCAGUGGUGGAGAUGCUGUUCUCCAAGGCUUCUGGAACGGUCUAUUAUCUGCAGAACGGAUUCGAUCGCGUUGUGGAGAAGCGAGCACCCCGACCGCCCGCCGAGCUCGAAGUCAAAGCUAGCGUGCAGCUGGAGGAGAGAGUUGGAGUCGUGGUAUCGGUGAUGUUGGAGCUGGGAAAGGGUGAUGAGCUCCAGUGGGUGAAGCAGGAGCUCAAACGAGCAGUAGAGGAAAGGCAGGCUUGGGAGGAUGCUCAAGAAGCUCAAGAUCAAAUGGCUCAGGAUGCUGGAACAGAUGACGCUGCUGCUGCCGCCGGAUCGAAGCCGCUGGCACCUACGAUUUUCAUCAACCCGGACACGGAAGAGAGGAAAGACGCCCUGUUCAAGAACAAGUAUUUGAGGUUGUUGCUCACCACGGCGGGACUGGAGAGAUUGGGGGCGGCAGAAGACGUUGAUGCCAGCUGGGUCGUUCCGUCUGAGCUUUCAUCAAAGCAGCUGAAGGACGUGGUGGACCGCAUCCAAAAGACGGAAUUCGAUCCACCUACUUUCGAAGAGGGCACGAUGGCGAGGGACCUCAUCCGCAACAAAUCUGCCGGGCGACAGGGGGCCAUCUUCGACGACUCGGAAUCGGGCUCCGAUCGCGAAAUCGAAGACGCCCAAUUUCCCCCGAACCUGCGCGAGAAACGUAAGCAGCAUGGAGACGAAGAGGACGAGGGUUCCAAGAAGCGCCGCCGUCUUACUCGCCGCAACCAAGUCGAAUUGACGGAGGAAGAGGCCCAGGCGAGAGCGAAAGAGAGAAGGCAGCGAGAGAUUGAGAGGAACAACAAAAUCAAGAGCCAGCUGUUUGUCACCGCAAGUGAUGACGAGAGCGAUGAGGAAGCCGACGCGCAGUUCUUCAGGCUGGAGGAAGAGAGGAGGCGGAAUAUGAAGGGAGUCAUUAGGAACGCGUUGCUGAAGGAGGCUGCGGAAGGCCAGAAGGGUAAGAAGCGGCAGGGUGAUAAGAAAGGAGACGGCAAGAAGGCGAAGAAACCAAGGCGUACGAGUGGAGCUUCGGACAACGAAAUAGAGCUUGAUGUCGAGCAGAGCGAUUCCGAUGUUGCGGCUCCCAUCCAGCUGUCGUCCGAUGAUGAAUCCGAGAGUGAUUCCGAAGCAGAUGAGGCGCGAGAUGCGGCUUCUGACGAUGAUUCACAACGACGGGAGGAUAUGGUUGUGGACGAAGAGACGCCCUCGACUUCGCCGACUCCACUGGAGACCGACCUACCUCUCAAUGAAGUGUCGGCGAAUUUGACCGGAGCUUUACGAGACAUGGUUGACAAGAGAGCAGACGUGGGAACGAACGAUGACGACGAGGAGGAUGAGGGGCCGGUGGUCAAAUCGACGGCACGGAGAAGAGUUAGGGCGGGGUUCGUGAUUGAUAGUGAUAGCGAGUAGAUGGGA